AUGUAUUCGAUAAAUUCACUGAAAGCUUAUGACGAUCUUGGCAAUGUCCUUCCGGAUUCCACCCAGCUGCUCCAGCAUUUCCGUUUCCGUAAAAAUGGUCUCAACGAUGGAACAUUACAACUUGCGAAGAGCUUCAAAAACACUUCCAUUAUGGCAUUUUGGGCAAAUAUUAGCGCUACUGAUAUGAGCCAUCCGGAUGAACCGGGUGAUAAAGCGGAAUUAUUGGUUCAAUUGAUAGUACCGGAAGAACAGAUAUCGGACGCAGAUCUUGUAAAAUUCGAUCAAUUGCGAUCGAUUGUUGAAAUACCAGAAAGCACAGCUGUUGGCACUUAUAUCUAUACUGUAAAUGUAAAACCACUUCCAGCUAAUUUAGUGGGAAAUCAUCGUGUUGUAUAUUCAUUAUCUAAAGGACAUCGUGGUUUUACUAUAAAUCCUAUAACAGGUGUUAUAACAACAGCAACAAAGUUACGUGUUGGAACUGAUUAUAAUCUUACCAUUAUCGCCACUGAGCCAAAUAAGCAAGUGACAAGUUCAACGUCAAUUUUAGUCAAAGUUAUGUCAUCGAUGAAGCAACGUAUUCCGAUAUUUUCAAGCGAUUCAUAUAUUUUCAAUGUCACCGAAAAUGCUCCUGGCGGAACUAUUGUGGGCACUUUAACUGAAUUAACAAAUAUUACAACCAAAAUUAAAUACACGAUUACUGGGAAUGAAAAAACUUAUUUUGAAAUCGACAAAAAGAUAACAGUUAAUGUGUUGGAUGAAAAUGAUGUUAAGCCUCGAUUUCGGGCACGAUCAUAUUCAGCAACAGUAAUGGAAAAUAGUCCAAUAAAUACAUUUAUAGUUAAUGCUCCGGCAAUUGAUAACGAUUCAAAUGUGGAAUAUUCAUUAAUGAUGAAUAGCGAAUCAUCAGCUUUAUCAUCAUUAUUGCGUGUUGAUGAAGAUGGUAGCAUUCGUAAUGUGGUACCACUGCUUGGAUUAGAAGGAAAGUAUCAAUUUGCUAUCACUGCUAGAGAUGGUCGACAUACCGGUGCAUCUGCUACCGUUUUCCUCACUAUUUUGCCAACUUCAAAAUGUCAACCGACUUUUCCGGAAACUGUUCCAGAUGUCAUUUAUGCUAAUGAGAACGAAUUUCCGGGUUCAACAUUAGCGAAAUUCAAAGGUGUAGUAUCGAGUGAAGAUUGUCAAGUAACUUAUGCAAUAUGGAAUGGUGUAAAAUAUGUGGCUGAAACAGAAUUAUUCAUAAUUGAUACUUUAACCGGUGAAUUAAAAGCUAAAGAAAUGUUUGAUUGCGAGGAAAAUGAUCGAUAUGCUCUCGUUAUUGCUGCAUUCAGCGGUGAUUUAUUUGCUGAAUUAGACGUUGAAGUUCGUGUUGUCGAUCAAAAUGACAAUCCAAUAGAAGUUAUUGAUAGCAAUGUUUCCUUUAGUAUACGUGAGGAUGAAAACAUUGGCCUUCUAAUAACCAAAAUUCGAGCAUUUGAUCGGGAUAUAAAUGAUAAGGUUUAUUUCCAUUUAAAAGAUAAUAAUAAAACAUUUACAAUUGGUCGUACGGACGGCAUUUUGAAAUUGGCCAAUGAAUUGGAUCGAGAAGAGCAAGAUUUUUAUGAGCUUCAUAUAAUGUUAACCAAUUCGGAAGCAUCUGAUAUUGAGGAUAACGCGGUGUUUGCCACUGUAAAAAUUAUGGUAUUAGAUGUAAAUGAUAAUGGACCAAUAUUUGAAAGUAAUAUAUAUAAAAAAGCAAUUCCACGUGAUGCGAUAGCAGGAAUGGAAAUUGUUAAAGUUGUAGCGAUGGAUCCCGAUUUAACUAAUGCUUCUUCACCAC